UGUUGAAGAGAAGGCGGGGUCUCUUUUUUCCCACCUCCCUCCUUUCUUCCACUCUUCCUCAUGCUUGGUCUUCUCUGGACCCACACUCUUCCUCGUGUUCUCACUUUUCUAGAUGCACAGUAUUCCUUGUCUUCUCACUUCUCCAGAUCCACGCUUCUUGUGUUAUCACUUCUCCAGAACCUCAGUUUUUUUUGGUGGACAGAGAAGAGGAGAAAAGCAGCACUGUCUGAGGACAGAGAAAAGGAGUUAAUAAAUCUGAGAAGCCUUCUGAACUAAGGAAUGGAAGACCAGGAGCCUGAGACGGACCCAGAGGUGUGCUUUGACCCGCUCUUCAUUAACGAGGAAGAUCAGAAAGGGUGCGAGGGAUUUGAUGAGGAGAGCAGAGACCCGUUUCUGCCUUUCCUUCGAGUUUCCCACACAAACCCCCAGAUGAGCGGCUCAGCUCACAUCCAGUCAUCCCUUUCAGCCACGCACAGAGACGGACUGGAUGCCUUGCAAUCCCAGGACAAGGAAAUGGACAUUGUCUUUACAAGUACUGGGGGAGAGAGUGGAGAGUCUUCUGGGCCUCAACCGACGACAGGGUCAGGAUGGGUCCAGACUCCUCUCAUGGAAAUGGAUGAACUGUUGAAGAGCUGUGGUGAAAUGACAGGCAUGUCAUUCAGCUCUCACCUCUCCACCAGGUACACAGACACAGACCUAUCAAGAUCAGCUCCGAACCAGAACCAGUCCGACAUGGAGAAGAUGAAUGCUAUGAUUGGAAGUUGUAGGAAAGACAUACUUCCCUCUAUAACGUCUUACACAGACACACACCUGGAUGCCUCCAGGGUACAAUGCCAAAGUCACCUGAAAGAGAUAGACACCAUUUUGGAUCAAGGCGGAGCCACAGGACCUUCUGCCCAGCCUCAGUUACCACCUCUGACCUCAGCAGGCUGUCAGCUGAGUGGGACUAUGGCCGAGUAUCAGACAGAGUUGAUGGGUAUGCUGUCCAUGUUAGAGAAGUGUAUGGAUGAGGCAGGGAUGAACUUCGGGCCUUUGGAGUGGACCUACCCCAGCUUACCCAAAGGUUUUGGACAUCCCAACGUGGAUGAGUUGAUAAAACAGAAACACGCAGAGGGUGAAAUAGGGGACAGUUUGGGUAUGGCUAAUCACUCAACCUCGCAGAGAGUUCAUCAACAGAACAUUGUGGGUGAAUUUGGGGAGCAUGCAGAGAGUGCCAUGUCUGAAGGACUAGAGUCUGAAUUUUGUGUGGAUUUACAGCCCCCAAGCUAUCAAAGUAUCUCAACAGAAGAGCAGAUGGAUGGAUCAGGAGAUAGUGGUCAGAGACACAGAGGUGAAAAUGUCUUGGGCCUGUCUGUGAGGGACCCAGGAGAACAUGGAUUGGGUCAGUCUGUGAAGGACCCAGGAGAACAUGGAUCUGGUGGGUCUGCGGAGGACCCAGAUGCUUGCAGCAUGGAGGGCAUCCAACAGGAGACAGGGAUGAGAGAGGUGGAGUUGACGGGUUCCAUGCAGGAGUUGGAGGCGCUAGGGAGUGACCUGGAAGGGUACAUUGAGCAGGUUGGGAGGUUAGAGAAGAGACGAGACGAACUAAUGGAAGAGUUGCAAGCGCUUAGGGAGGAGAAGAUCGGGACCGAUGAAGGGGAUGAAAGAGAACAGGAGGUACAGUUAAGGCACACCGUGAACAUCGACGCAGACAGGAGGAGGGAGGCGCGGAUGAGGGAGUGGCAGUCAUUGAGGGCAGAGAGGAGUGAGGAGGAGGUGAAGCUGUUCCGUGUAUAUUUGGAGAGGCAGGGUCUUCAGGAGGAGACAAGGAGGCUCAAGAGGAGACUGUUCUCUGUCACCAGGGAGUGUACGCAGAACCAGGUGCUCCUGGCCACACAGCAGCGUGGGGUUGCCCAGCUCAACAAGGAAAAGGUGGAACUUGAUGCCCUGACAAUCCAACUAACCGAGGAGGCCUCUCAGCUCCGAUCCAACCACCAGAACCACCUCUCCACCCUGCAUGCCCAAUUCCAGGCCCACACUUCCAGUCAGACUCCACUCCCCAUGGAGGAGAUAACCCAGAGCAAGAGGAACUCCUGUGGGGACAUUCAACAGUACCUGCAGUCGGGCCUAAAAUCCCUGGAGGAAUGGUACGAGCCCAUGCUGCUGGCCCUGUUGAAGCGCAGGGAGGGGACAUCAGAGGCCUUGGGGAGGGCCAGGCAGCAGGCCCAGGAGCUCAGGGGUCGCCUGAAGCCCCUCCGGGAGGAGGAACAGAAGCUGGGGCUACAGAGGGCCUGUCUGGAGGAGAGAAUGAAGCUGAUUGAGGCACAACGCAGAGAAGACAUAGAGACCUACAAGGUUCAUUUGGUCUUUGUGGAUCACUGGGUGUCCCUCUCCCUACAGGAGACAGUGGACCAGCUGGAGGAGACCAGCAGAGAGCAGAGGAUGGAGGUUCAGUUCCAGAAGAGGACAAAUAAAGAGAUGGAGGAACUGACAGCCAGCCUCACAGAAGAAGUAAACCUGUACAGGAGCAUCAUUGACAGCCAGAACCAGAAUGAUCGAACGGAUGUGAAGGAGAAGACAUAACUGGAGCCAACAGUCUGCAGAGUUCAAAUGGCGGUUUAGGUCUCAGAGACAAUUAACCACAUCGGGUUUUUUUUAUGCCUACAAGUCACUUAAAACACUAUUCCCAUGCCUCUAAUUAGAAGCUUACACUUAAGAGGGUUAUCACGUGAGUACGAUCUGUAAUUGUACAAAGAAAAAUUUAUUAAAUGGAAAUAUUCUUCAUGAAAAAUCUCAAGAAUUGUCUACAUCACUUAAGCACACAGACAAGCCUUAGCUGCCGGGCAUCAGAUUGGAGAUGAACUCACACGUUCUAGAACACACUAUAAUUCUCAUUCUAUAUUUACGCAGAUGCAGUGAAUAAACAUGUCAGAACAAUAAUGGAAAUGCCACAGAAAAGCUUUCCCCAUAUACUCCAUGCCCCCAAUCAAAAUGAGUCUACAUCAAGACUAGUGUUUCUGCCUGUCACACUGUCAAGUUAGAAGAAAAUGUAAUACAAUGAAUAUACGAGUGUCACACCCAAUACAUGUUCAUCAUGUCACGUUUAGUCCAAACCUAAAAACUUCUGAAUGCAUAUGAAGGGAAAAAAUCGUGUUUCCAGUGUCGAUGCGGUCUACAGAAUGCACAAUUGUGGAACCAUCUGAAAAGCAGAGGGUUCUGUAAGGGUCUGUGGCAAAAGACUGUAAUGUGAUUGCGUUGUUUAUACAGAGGAAAAAUACCAUGCCAUAAAUAAAGGUGUUGUUUUUCAAAGUCAA